GAGCCUCGGCAUCCCGGAAGCGGCGGCCGUGGGGGAGGCCGAGGAGGUGCUUGGACCUGGGAUUCCGGCGGCCCCGGCUCGGACGGGCCUGGAAGAGGCUCCAGGGCCCAGCGGGCCUACCCGUGCCGUGGCCGUCGCCGCCGCUCCCCUUCCCAGCCCAGCGAUCGGGAUGCAGACGGCUGAGCGUGAGGGGAGUGGGCCGGAGGCCAGCCCCACUAUCAUGUCCGAGGCACCCCCAGAGUCUCCACCCGCCCCUGCCAAGUCCCCAGCAGCGUUUGAUCUCUUCAACCUGGUUCUGUCCUACAAGAGGCUGGAGAUCUACCUGGAACCCCUGCGGGACGCGGGUGACGGUGUCCGGUACUUGCUCAGGUGGCAGAUGCCUUUGUGUUCCUUGCUGACCUGCCUGGGCCUCAAUGUCUUGUUCCUCACGUUGAAUGAGGGUGCCUGGUACUCCGUGGGGGCCCUGCUGAUCUCGGUGCCCGCGCUGCUGGGCUACCUCCAGGAGGCCUGCCGGGCCCGGCUGCCCGAGAGCGAGCUGGUGCGCAGGAAGUACCACAGCGUGCGGCAGGAGGACCUGCAGCGGGUUCGCCUGUCCCGGCCCGAGGCGGUGGCAGAGGUGAAGAGCUUCUUGAUCCAGCUGGAGGCCUUCCUGAGCCGCCUGUGCGGGAGCCUGGAGGCCGCCUACCGCGUGCUGCACUGGGAGAAUCCGCUCGUGUCCUCGCAGUUCUACGGGGCCCUCCUGGGCACAGUCUGCCUGCUGUACCUGCUGCCGCUGUGCUGGGUCCUGGCCCUUGUGAACAGCACCCUCUUCCUGGGCAACGUGGAGUUCUUCCGAGUGGUGGCUGAGUGCAGAGCGUCCCUGCAGCGACGCCUGAACCCCGGCCAGGAGGAGCCAGCCUGUGAGAGCCCACCGCCGCCGGCCACUGUCGGGAGGAGCACGCUGCCCGACUACACACCAGUGUCCACGCCCACAGAGGAGCUCACACCGGGCAGCAUCGAGGAGGCAGAGGAGGCCGAACCCGACGAGGAGUUUAAAGACGCGAUCGAGGAGACCCACUUGGUGGUGCUGGAUGAUGACGAGUGCGCCCCGUGCCCGGUGGAGGAUGAGCUGGUCCUGCAGGACAACGGCUUCCUGAGCAAGAACGAGGUGCUGCGCAGCAAGGUGUCGCGGCUCACGGAGCGUCUGCGCAAGCGCUACCCCACCAACAGCCUGGGGACCUGCACGGGCUGCUCGGCCACCUUCUCGGUGCUGAAGAAAAGGAGGAGUUGCAGCAACUGUGGGAACAGCUUUUGCUCUCGGUGCUGCUCCUUCAAGGUGCCCAAGUCCUCCAUGGGGGCCACAGCCCCCGAAGCGCAGAGAGAGACUGUGUUUGUGUGUGCAUCCUGUAACCAGACGCUGAGCAAGUGAGCAGAGGCCGGGCUCCUCGCUGGCACUGGGCCUGGCCGCUGGAGACCCCACGUCUGCUCCCCGGCACUCUGGAGCGUAUGUGGGGCCAACAUGCCCGACUUCUGAGUAGGUUUCCUCUCCUGCCUCGCUCUCUGCAUCCGGAGCUGCUGGACCUUCAGCUUCUGGGGCUGCACCCUUGUCCCCCGAUGGCCGCCUGGCCCCACUCCUGAGCCCCCCAUGGGAGAAGAGUCCUCCAAGGCCUGGCUCAGUUGCCCUGUGCUUGUCAGGCUGUGGGAACUCCGCAGGGCAGGGAAUGCCCACUGGAGGGCAGUGGUGAGCCAGGCCUGCUAGCCCAGAGGACUCCUAGCACCAGGGCCUCUCUGCAGGCCUGGGAGCUCGGAGACUGGACACCUGGCAGGGAGGUCCUGCUGCUGGCAGGGUCUGGGACAGCCGUACCCCAGCCCUCAGGAGUUCUUGGUUUCCCCCUUCAGAGGGCAGGGGCAGGGCUGCCGGGACCAGAACUGCUUCUGGAGACAGGGGUGCCUUUCCCAGCCCCCCUAUCCUCCGUGGAAAGGCCUUUGGAGUUAGGCUGAGCAAACCCAUGCUCAGCCCGCCCACUGCCAGUCGCUCCUGCUCUCCCAUGCCGCCCUGGUUAGCAGCUGGGCCCCAGGCUGGUGCUGAGGCCGCCCCUGCUGCAGGACGGCCUCGGUGUGGAGCAAGGACCCCUGGGCUCCCACUGCCUGCUGUCCCCCCACCCCACGCUGCCCCCUGUGCCGGGCGUGUCCCCCUAAGCCGUGAGCAGGCUCAGGCAUCCCUGGCCCCCGGGGCCGCCCCGCUCCUCCUGUAUUUAUUUAUUUAUUGCGUGGUUCCCGGGGGAGAUGUGGGCCUGGGGGGGCUGCACUGGGUGGACCAGGGGCGCCUGCCCAAGGUGGCUUCCCCGGAGCUACCCAUGGGGUGGAGACAUCUGAACCUGAGCAGGGACCCCGGAGGCAGGAGGCACAGGACUCCCCCCGGACAAGUC